CCUCCCUCCCCGUUCUUCUCUCCUCCCUGGCAUUUUCCAUUGCUGGACAUCCUCUCUCACUGCCUUGCAACAGAAGGGACUCCUUCCUAUUUAAGUUACUUCUUCGAUCGGAUAAAUAAAUCGACCCUCUGAGUCAACAUGCCUCACGCCUAUCCAUUCCUGACUGCUGAGCAGAAGAAAGAGCUCAAUGAUAUUGCCCAGAGGAUCGUGGCGCCUGGGAAGGGAAUUCUUGCUGCUGAUGAAUCUACAGGCAGCGUGGCCAAGCGCUUCCAGAGCAUCAAUGCUGAGAACACUGAGGAAAACAGGAGGCUGUACCGCCAGCUCCUCUUCACGGCUGACGACCGCGUGAAGUCUUGCAUCGGCGGCGUCAUCUUCUUCCACGAAACGCUCUACCAGAAGACCGACGCGGGCAAACUUUUCCCUGAGUUGAUCAAGGAGAGGGGCAUGGUGGUGGGCAUUAAGGUGGACAAGGGUGUGGUGCCCCUCGCUGGAACCAAUGGCGAGACCACCACCCAGGGUCUGGAUGGGCUGUAUGAGCGUUGUGCCCAGUACAAGAAGGAUGGUGCUGACUUUGCUAAGUGGCGCUGUGUGUUAAAGAUUACCCCUACCACACCGUCUAACCUGGCCAUCAUGGAGAACGCCAAUGUUCUGGCCCGCUAUGCCAGCAUCUGUCAGAUGCAUGGCAUUGUGCCCAUCGUUGAGCCUGAGAUCCUUCCUGACGGUGACCAUGACCUGCAGCGGUGCCAGUAUGUGACUGAGAAGGUGUUGGCAGCAGUCUAUAAGGCCUUGUCUGACCACCAUGUCUAUCUGGAGGGCACACUGCUCAAGCCCAACAUGGUGACCGCUGGACACUCCUGCACUAAGAAGUACAGUGCUCAGGAUAUUGCCAUGGCAACUGUCACUGCCCUGCGCCGCACUGUGCCCCCUGCUGUGCCAGGCAUUACCUUCCUGUCAGGAGGCCAGAGCGAGGAGGAAGCUACCAUCAAUCUGAAUGCCAUGAACCGGUGUCCUCUGCACCGGCCCUGGGCCCUCACUUUCUCCUAUGGCCGCGCCCUGCAGGCUUCUGCAUUGAAGGCCUGGGGUGGUAUGAAGGAGAACGGAAAGGCCUGCCAGGAGGAGUACAUCAAGAGGGCAGUGAACAACAGCCAGGCAGCUCUUGGCAAGUAUGUGUCCUCCGGAGACAAGGGCGCUGCUGCUGGGGAUUCACUCUUUGUGGCCAACCAUUCCUACUAACUCUGGCUCUGCCCCUCCAAACCACACUUCACAUUCCCAAUCAGAAACAGAGUCCAGAUGUUAAGAUUUUCCUAUCCCACUGCAUGGGCAUAGUCAUGUCCCUCCACCCAAUUUAACUUUUGACAAGUCACGGUUAUUUUAUUGUCUAGUUUGAAUGUUCUCUGUCACUUUUUAUUUGCAUUUGAGCACCUAAAUUCCUCCUAACGAGAAAGAAAGACCCCUCCAUGUGUCUCCUUGUCACUUUCUGCCAUUCCCUUAAAUGUUCAUGCUAUAUGUAAGCCCCCCCCCCAGAUGCAUUGUGAUUCUGUGGUGUCAUUUUAUGACUCCUGAAGUACAUGUGCCUUCAUCUCUCGACUGAACCAAGAGCAGGAGGAAAACCCUCUAGAGUAUAUUAUUGUAAAUGUAUGGUAGCCUAUGACAUUAGGUACACUGGAAACAAAAUAAAAUUAUUCGAUUCACAGUCA